AUGUACGAAGGGAUUGACAACCUGAAAUCCCUUUACGACCGUGCCGGGAAGACUUUCUCCGGCGGUCCUUCUGCGGCACAGGAUGUGCCGCGUCGUACUGCUCAACCAGAACCAAUACGUCGAUCAUCAGUUGGGAGCGGGGCUCCCAAGAAUCCCAGGACGGGGGAUAGCCGCGCCACCGGACGAGAUAACUCGUCCGACGUCCGUUCACGUCGCGGUGGUUCAACAGCUGCUCAACUAGAUAGCGCUGGCCACCGCGAGAGUCCUCUAAUGGAGGUGGAGGAGGAGGAAAGACGCUCUCCACACGAUCAUGGGGAUCCGUGUGUUCCCGAGAGCUUCUUUGAUCGCGUAACGCAAGGGUUACGCGACGAUCUCGAACAUGAGCGGAAUAGGCGUCUCCAAAUGGCGGACACUGCCUCGAAGCAUCGAGCUGAGUUUGCCUUUGCUCAGCUUGAGAACGAGAGAUCUCUGACAUCUCUUCGUGACGAGCUAAGGGUAGCUCGUGGGAUUGUUGAUCGGUCUCGGGAUGAGAUAGCUGCUCUUCAGACCCUUGUUGAUGCCCACCAUCGGGAGCACAAGGCUCUCUGCGAGAUGCUUGAGCGCAAGGGCGUUCUUCAUCGGAAGAAGCAGCGUACUGAUGGUACGGCUUAA